ACAGAUAUUUUCUGCGUAAAAAUUUGCAAACAAAAUAAGCUGAAGGUGCGCAAGUUUUCAUGCGCAAUGAAAACUUCCUCAUUUUAAGCUGGUCGAUUACGGUGUUCCAUUUAGUUUUUCAGCUGAUCACGCUUUCAUUGGGCGCUCCGCAGACGACGCGUGUGUCAUGAGCGAAUCUCUUGCAGCGUAGUAAAAUCGAGUGCUUGUGUCGUGUAGCUAGCUAGUGGCAGUGAAAAUGUUUUCAGGUCUUACAAAUCAGGUCAGUUCGUGGAUGGGAGCAGCUAAGGGCGACCCUCAAGAUGAAGAGGUUCCCACCCCAACGAAAGAAGCGACAGGAGAGGCAGCUGCAGAGGGGGACAAACAAAGCCCAACCAAGGGUGGAAGCAAACUGGACCUCAUCACAAAUGUAAAGUCACAGAUGACAGGGUGGCUUGGCUCUGGAAUCCCUGGAAUUCCUGGUUUAAAAAAGACUGAAGCACCCUCAGCUGAUGCUCCAGAGGUAGCUCCAGUAGAACCUGCUGAAUUGGCAGAACCCAAGCCAGAGGGGAAAGAAGAUGAUGACAAUUCUAGGUACAUUAGUGCCACCGGUGGUGCGGAUAGUAGACCAGGCUCUACUGGUGGGACACCCACUGAAGAACAACCAGCGGGUGUCGGGAAUGUUUCAGGUCCGCACAGUAGAAACAUAUUCACAGUUGACGCGAUCGAAGUAUCAAAUAUGCAGGAAUUUACUACCAAGGCGGUCGCUGGAGCGAAGUCCCUUGGGAACUUCCUCUAUUCAGCCGUGAACAAGGCAGGCGCUAAAGUCAGCGAGGCGAGUGCCAAAAUAAAGAAGACUGUUGAAGAAAACAGCAUUCUUGGCGAGUUCAACCGCGAACAGGACGCGUUCAUCAAAGGCCAAGAGAAGGAAGGGGGUGCUGCCACUGCUCCAUGGGUUGGCGCUCCUAAUGAGGCUUCGCUGAAAGAGGAGUGCGUGUCACUUUCAACUGACCGACGGAACUUCGUGCGCGCCCCACCGGCGGGUGUAGAGUUCGACUUUGACUACGACAAAAUGUACCCAGUGGCCGUAGCUAUCAUGGCGGAGGAUCCCAACCUUGAGAAAAUGCGUUUCGACCUCGUACCUAAAGUUAUAACAGAGGAGAACUUCUGGCGGAACUAUUUCUACCGCGUGUCCCUCAUCUGUCAGGCCAACGAGGCUGACGCAGUCGCUCGCCAGUCUAGCGCUGACGACUCGCAGGAAAGUAAAUCGGCAAGCGAGGUUCUAAUAGAGAAAGAGAGUCCAUCGAUUGAUGACGUCAAGGAAAGAAUUAAAUCUUUGAAAGUCGAUAGAGAUGAUGAGCAGUGGGAAAAGGAAUUGGAGGCUGAAUUAAAGGAAUAUGAGGUUGUUGCUGAAAAGUCUGGCGAUGAUAAGUGGGAGAAAGAGUGCGAAGAUCUUCUCGGGGAAGAGAUGGAUCUUAAGUAGGAGAGAUUGUUUGACUAAAAUCUUUGAAAAGUCAAUUGAAUUUAAUAUCGGAUUAUUUAUUGGAAACGUAAAUACUUGAUUUGAGUUAGUUUUCAAUUUAAUAUUCAAAUAGUUGAUGAACGGGUUCCCGGAACAGGGGAGUGCUUGAAUAAAAUUUUGCCAAGAAAUUUAGAAUAUAAAUGCUGAUAGAGUAAGACUAGCUUUCGGACAGUCAAUGAUUUCAACUGCGGAAUAGACACAGCUACUAGAGCCAUUAUUCGGUUUCUAAAGUGUCGCGCUCGCCUGCAAAAUAUAUUAAAAAAAAAAACAUGUGGCUGUUCACACUUGCGGGGCACGCUUGCGGUGCUUACUUUCCAUUUUUUAAAUCAUUGUUUGACAUAUAAAUAUAGCUUUUGUAAACAAAAAUUAAUGGGUUUUGGAUUCCAAUCGGAGUACAUUGAUAUUUCCUAUAUCUACUUUUUCUAGUAUUAAAUGUAUUAAUAAUACUUAAAAGGCAUUUCACCAUUCUUAUAAUAAAAAAUUAUAAUAAUUACAUUUAACU